UGGCAGAGCCUGGGCAGAGCGAUAGAAGAAGGGUUUGUCAAAUUGGGCAGAAUAGAAAAAUCUGAAGCUACUUGGGCGAAUGCAUGUGUGUGAGUGCAGGCAAAGAGAACGGAUCAGGAAUUUUUCAAAAGACACGGCGAUAGCAGCCGGCGUGUGAUUGGUGAAGAUGUCUGACAAUGGGGACGUCGAGGACAAGCCCCCAGCCCCGCCCAUGAGGAACACCAGCACUCUGAUUGGCUCCUGUAGCAAAGAUCCUGCCCCCCAUGGCUCCAAGCCCCUUCCCCCCAACCCAGAGGACAGGAAGAAGAAAGAUCGCUCCAUCAUGUCCAUCCUGACAGGAGGAGGAGACAAGACCAACAAGAAGAAGGAGCGUCCGGAGAUCUCUCUGCCUUCUGAUUUUGAACACACCAUCCACGUGGGCUUCGAUGCGGUGACUGGAGAGUUCACAGGCAUGCCGGAGCAAUGGGCUCGGUUGCUCCAAACCUCUAACAUCACUAAGCUGGAACAGAAGAAGAAUCCUCAGGCUGUCCUUGACGUUCUCAAAUUCUACGACUCCAAGGAGACCAACAACAGCCAGAAAUACAUGAGCUUUACAGACAAGAGUUCAGACAACUAUAGCUGUUCCAACACUUCUAGCUCCAAGGCUGUGUCAGAGACGCCCGCCAUAGCAACCGUAUCUGAAGACGAGGAUGAAGAUGAGGCCACACCCCCUCCUGUUGUCGCUCCCCGACCAGAACACACUAAAUCAGUGGCCAUUAAACAGAUGAACCUGCAGCAGCAGCCCAAGAAGGAGCUCAUCAUCAAUGAGAUCCUGGUCAUGAGGGAAAACAAGAACCCCAACAUAGUCAACUACCUGGACAGUUACCUGGUGGGGGAGGAGCUGUGGGUGGUGAUGGAGUAUCUGGCUGGAGGUUCUCUGACUGACGUUGUCACGGAAACCUGUAUGGACGAGGCUCAGAUCGCUGCUGUGUGUCGGGAGUGUCUGCAGGCCUUGGAAUUCCUCCAUUCCAACCAGGUGAUUCAUCGUGACAUCAAGAGUGACAACAUCCUUCUGGGAAUGGACGGAUCAGUGAAACUCACUGACUUUGGGUUCUGUGCCCAGAUCACUCCAGAGCAGAGUAAGAGGAGCACCAUGGUGGGGACUCCCUAUUGGAUGGCUCCAGAGGUGGUGACCAGAAAGGCCUACGGUCCUAAAGUUGACAUCUGGUCUCUAGGCAUCAUGGCUAUAGAGAUGGUGGAGGGAGAACCCCCUUACCUCAACGAGAACCCACUCAGGGCGUUGUAUCUGAUUGCGACCAAUGGGACUCCAGAACUUCAGAACCCAGAGAAACUGUCCUCAGUCUUCAGAGACUUCCUCAACUGCUGCCUGGAGAUGGAUGUGGAGAAGAGAGGGAGCGCUAAUGACCUACUACAGCACCAGUUCCUGAAGGUGGCCAAGCCUUUAUCCAGUCUGACUCCUCUCAUCCAGGCAGCCAAAGAAGCAGCUAAGGCUAACCGCUAACCUGCUAGAUGCUAACCCCACAGAUCACACCAUCAUUCUCUCUCUCUCUCUCCUCUGUCGCUCUCCCCCACUGGGGCAAACAAGACCCAGACAGGGGGUGUUUCAGGGGGUCCCAUCCCCCUCAACCCCUUGACCGAUCACGGUGACUGUGGGAAGGACGCUCUUACUGAUGUCAUCACUGGUACAAAUAUACUGAUCGGAUUGGAGGGGAGAUUCAGGCCCAAAGACUCAUGGGAGUUGUAGUUUCAGCAGGACAGUGGCUGUGGACUGGAUCUUAUCUGACCUUUGAACUGUUUGUUUGUUGAUGUCUGACUGUUAUUUUCAUGUGUUGAAAAAGUGCAUUUUAGUUUGAUCUUUUCUUAUGUGUUUUGUUUUGUGGAGAAGGGUUUGGUUGAAAGUGUAAUGAAGAGACACAAAGUGGUACUGUUGAUAUCACCUCAGUCCCAAACCGCACCCUAUUCCCUACAUAGUGCACUACUUUUGUCAAAAAUAGGGUGCCAUUUGGGACGGUCUUUCACAUCUGAUCAAACGUUGGAAUUCUAUCUCCUUAUCUCUCCCUCUCUUUCUCUGUCUGGCUGAGUGAGAUGACACGCAUGACAAACCUUUUUUAUGGAAUGUCUCAAAUCAUAAUACAAUAGUGAUGAUAAUGAUGGUACAUGAAGGAUGCCUGUGUACGAUACAGUAUAGAAGAACAUAUCUAAAUCCUAUUUUCCAGUACAAUCGUUGCGGUACAAUGUUGAACUGAUCCUAGUCCCAACCCUCUGAAGAUAGAGUGUACAUUACAUGUGAAAAAACUGCUCUAAAAGAACCAGAAGAAUAUUGUCUGCAUUCUUUGUUCAGCAACGUGCUUUCUUUAUGCAGAUGGCGCUGAAGAAUACCACCGUACCAUUAAGAAGUAUACUUUCUACCAGGUUUGGCUUUGUUCUGCCUUUGGCCUUAAACUGUCUCACAGGUGGAAGAGUUCCAGCAGACAGUUGAACAAACUCUAGUCUCUCUCACCAGACUCAGUGCUCUGCACGCUCCUGCGGCUGUGAGAAGAGACUACACAACCUUCAAAUCUUGUCAUUUCCCCAGACUACUGUAGCCCACCUGAGGUUAGACAGGUUUAGAACUGGGAUAGACUGGAUUGAACUUGCCCAAACUGGUUUAGACUGGUUUGGGACUGGUUCAGAGAAGGGUGGUGAUAGUUAUUGAAGUCUUCUCUUCCUGUGUAUUGGAGCCAUAAUUAUGUUUAUCAAAUGAUUGUAUUAUUUUGACUGAGACAAAUAAAGUAAAGAAAACGCUGUAUGGUG